AUGGAAAACUUCAAAAAGAUUCGCGUAGUUGGUCGUGGCGCAUUCGGAGUGUGCUGGCUAUGCGAACGUUUGGAUCAAGCACAAGGAAAAAAGGUUAUAAUAAAAACGAUCCAGCUAGGUCCGGACGAUGAACAGAAAAUAAUGAGUGAAGUGAAACUGCUGCAAAAGCUUAAACACCCAAUGAUCAUUGGCUAUUAUGAUUCUUUUAUUUUACCUGAUGAGAAACAAUUGGCAAUUGUUAUGAAGUAUGCUGAAGGUGACACUAUGGAGAAGCUUAUUGCGGACCAAAAUGAUAAUCAAAUCCCAUUAGAUCAAGCUCUGAAUUAUUUCACUCAGAUUGCCAUAGCUCUAGAUCAUAUGCAUAGCAAGAACAUAGUACAUAGAGAUUUGAAAACUCAGAAUAUAUUGAUGAAUAAAAAGAGAACUAUAUGUAUGUUAUCAGAUUUUGGUAUUUCAAAAGAACUCACAACUCGUAGUGUUGCAAACACUGUAAUUGGAACCCCUAACUAUCUCAGUCCGGAAAUUUGUGAAGGAAGAGUUUAUAAUCAAAAAACGGAUGUGUGGUCGCUAGGAUGUAUCUUAUAUGAACUGCUCGAACUCAAACGUGCCUUCGAUGGUGAAAACUUGCCAGCUAUAGUAAUGAAGAUCACGAGAGGACAAUAUGCCGAGAUUAAGCGACAUGAUGAAAGUGAAGUUAUUCAAUUAGUUGAUAGUCUGUUGAAUUUGAAUGAAAACAAACGGCCAACGGUAAAAGAAUUAUUAACUUGCCCUUUACUCUUACCACACACGUUAACGAUUCAUCUGGACAUUGGGCGACUAACCAUGCCUCAGAAUUGCAAACAACGGCCUAAUGGAACAAGUCGUUUGGGUACAACUCCCACGUUAAGGACAACUCAACGUAUACAAAUCAUCAGAAACCCUUGA